GUAUCCCAUUCUACCCUAGACAAGUUUGGCAUGUAGAAGUUUUGCAGCCGGAAUAAACAAAGAGGUUGUCGAAGUUUUUUAAACAUCUUUAAAAAUUACUGAACGCUGGAGCGUUCAGCCAUUUGAAAGGAAACUGUUUUAAAGACACGCAUCGCAAGAGCAAAUGGAGCAAAACUACGGGGAGGUGAACCAGCUCGGGGGAGUUUUUGUCAAUGGACGUCCUUUGCCCAAUGCAAUAAGAUUACGAAUCGUGGAGUUAGCCCAGCUUGGCAUCCGACCCUGUGACAUUAGCAGACAGCUUCGGGUCUCCCAUGGCUGUGUGAGUAAAAUCCUUACGAGAUACAACGAAACUGGGUCCAUUUUGCCAGGCGCAAUCGGUGGCAGCAAACCACGAGUUACGACACCAAAUGUAGUAAAAAACAUAAGGGAGUACAAACAAGGAGACCCGGGAAUUUUUGCAUGGGAGAUCCGGGACCGUCUUCUCGCGGACGGAGUAUGUGACAAGUACAACGUUCCUUCGGUCAGCUCUAUCAGCAGGAUAUUAAGGAACAAGAUUGGAAACUUCUCCCAGCCUAACCAAUAUGAAAAUGGCAAGCAAGCAGCUCCGCAGUCCAGCCUCUCGUACUACCCGUAUUCAUACCCCACUGCAAUGUCUCCCUCCGGGACCAAAAUGAGCAAUCCUCCCGGUGUCCCUGUCACGGGUGGGCAUUUAAGCAUUUCCCGCGGUUGGCCUUCAGCGCACACGGUCAGCAAUAUACUGGGUAUUCGGGCUUUCAUGGAUCCUGCAGCCUUUGCUAGCGCUGAAGGAUACGCACCAAAAAUGGAGGACUGGGGUAGUGUGAAUAGAGCGACAUUUACCUCUGCUCAUGGAGUCAAUGGAAUAGACAAAUCAGCUAUUGAUGCAGACAUAAAAUACCCUCAGCCUUCUUCGACUUUGUCUAGUUAUGUCCCAGCAUGCGCAUACUCUCCCUCCAACCAGUAUGGCGUGUACAGUGGUCCAGCAGGCAGUUAUGUGAGCCCAGGGCAUCACUGGCAGGCCCAGGGCACCAGCCUCUCCCACCCUGGCGGUGGCGUAGCGAUGCACCCGAGUGACAACCAUUCUUCUAUGGGGUUCAAACAUGCUGUGCAAGAUGGAGACAGAAAACCACCGAGUACCCUAAGCAAGCACCAGCACGAAGCCUUGAGCAAUAUGCACGGACUUUCUACCUCGUCCUCGUAACAACACAGAUACAUCAGUUUAGAAAUGAUCGCAUUUCAAGAACGCAAACCUGGGGAGGCAGUGUCUGACUUAAGUGAAGCAUGCGAAAAGGUUUCCAACGGGACCAGACAAGCAGCCAUGAAACACUACGUACACAAUGGAGCUUGGAAUGAACACUGCCACCAUCCUGUCUGCAACAGACAAUAACAAAGGAUGGGACAUAUUAAUCAUUUUUUGACAGCAUGCCACUCCUAUAAACCUUUACCUGAUUUCCCCAGAAAUCUUGAUCAUCACUUUCUCACAUACAUAUCUCGAUUAACUACAACUUGGUGUCCAUGCAGUGCUCCAAGUAAAAAAACAAAAAACAAAAAAAUAAAUAAAUAAAUAAAUAAAGGAAAAGAAAGAAAAGUAAUAGUGAAAGUAUUGUACUUUCUAUGGACUACCCUAUGAUAUCUGUGUAAAAAACAAAAAGAAUAUGUAGAUAUUUAUGGAAAAAGUUUGGUGAAUGUUUUUGUACAGGCAAUAAAGUUGCAUAAUGUCAUAACUGUGGUUUUUAUUGUAGUGAUUUUAAUGUGGUUUUUAGUUGUUUUUGGGUAGCUCAUUUGAGUGGUGAAAGGGCAGAAACAGAAAUACAAUAUUCAUUGUAAAUAUUCUCUAAACACUUUUUAGUCAAAUACUUGGUGAAAUACUAUAUUAUUUGCCAUUUUUAUAAUGGGUGUUUCUGAGC